AUGGCUGCCUCUCCAAAAUUCCUCGUCCUUUCUCCGCAGCCCUGCCACGUUCCAAAACGCCAUUUUCACCCCCUUGCCAUCUCCCUCUCCCUGCUGCGCUCCCCCCUCUCCCAGCCUCUCGCCCUCUGCCUUUCUCAUCCCUCUCCUAGGUCCUCCCCCCUUCUCCUCUACUUGACCCUCUCCUUUCCUUCCCCCGAUCCUCCUAUCUUUCCCUCGUUACCUCCCCACUUUCUUCCCGUCCUAUCCUUCAACCCCCCUUCUUCCUCAUCCCAGAACCACCAUCCCCCGUUAACCGUCAUUCUGUUAUCUCCCGCUCAUACUCUGGCCCCUCUCCUUUCCUCUUCCCUCGCCAUCUCCCUGAUCCUCCACCUCACUUGCCUUUCCUUCCACGUCAGGUCGUCCUCUAUCCACACCUUGUCUCCCCUCAGUCCACCCUUCUUUUUCAUUACCUCCCUUUUCUCGCCUUCUGUCCUGAAACUCACUACCGCAAACCCCCCCUGCUCCUCUCGCCCGGUUUUCACCUCCCUCACUUCCUCCACCUUAACCUCCGCCCCCACUCGCUUUAGUAUCUCCUCUACUUUACAUUUCACGUCCUUCCCCUCUACUUUGUAUCCCUUUAUCACCACUCUCCUCCUUCUUUCCUUCCUAUCCCUCUCUUCCCACAUCUCCUCCAUCUUCCUUACUCUCUUUUCUAGCCCUCCAUCUCCCCCUCCUCCCUCGCCUCCUCCUCUUCCGCCCUCCUCCAAUUUCCCUACCCUCCGCUCUAGGUCUCCCACUCCUUUCCCUCCCUCUCCUAACCUCAUGCCUUCUUCCAAUUUCUUCUCUAAGUCUCCUACUCUUUUCUCCAUCUUCUCCCUCUCUCUCCUCCACUCCUCCUCUCUCCUUUUCGCCUCCUCUAGCUCCCCCAUAAUCAGUUUCAUUCUCUCCUCCAUCCUCUCCUCUAGCCUCUCCUCCCAUCUCUCCCACCUUCCCAUCAUCUCCUCCAUCCAUCUCUUCAUUGCCCCCAUCAUCUCCGACUGUCUCCCGUCCCCCUCCCGCACCGGCGAUCUCGACGUCUUUUUACUCCUCUGAAAAGCGUCCCCUACCUCCCUCCCGUCCUCCCCCUCCCGUCCUACCUCUAUGUCUCUUUUCUUCUUCCACAUCUCCAACCCCCCUGCCGUACUCCCGCUGCGUCCUCUCCCUCCACCUUUCAACAACAUCCCCUUUCCUGUCGCCACGUCUUCCUUCACUCCUUUCUCCAUUUUCCCUUCCCUCCUCCCUCUUCGUUCCAGUGAUGAGCCUAAUAGUUAAUUAUCUCCGUAGCUAUUCGUGAUGAUUACACAAUUUGUCUGUGCUUGCAGCCCGAUUAUCUGAUACUUUAGGUAAUAUAAUAUAAAUUAUUUUGCAGAAAAAAC